AUGAAGAAUAUUUCUUUCUUCUUCCUGCUUCUCACUUGCCUGGCUGCACUGCAGCUGCACGCCAAUGCAUCACAGGAGGCUCAGCUGAGAGCCUUCAUCUCGUCCAGGAAAAAGACCGACAGUAGUACCGACAUGUUUAAAGUGCGUAACAUAGCUGACAGGGUUGCCAGCAGCCUGAGUACAGUGAGCUCUGUAUCUGACAAGGAAGCCGACAAGAUCACAGGGUUGCCUGGGCAGCCAGAGGGCGCCGACUUCAACCAGUACGGCGGGUAUGUGACCGUCGACGAGGAAAAUGGCCGCGCACUAUUCUACUACCUCGUCGAAGCACCUUCCGGUGCUGCAGAGAAACCACUCGUUCUGUGGCUCAACGGAGGGCCAGGAUGCUCGUCGCUCGGCUACGGGGCAAUGCAGGAACUCGGUCCGUUCCGUGUGUCCGAAGACAACAAAACGCUCACCAGAAACGUGAACGCCUGGAACAAUGUCGCUAACGUGAUCUUCCUGGAGUCGCCUGCUGGUGUUGGGUUCUCCUACUCGAACACGUCUUCUGACUAUGAUCUCAGCGGAGACGAGAGAACGGCUGAUGAUGCAUAUGUUUUUCUGGUGAAAUGGCUGGAGAGGUUCCCAGAGUACAAGGACCGUGCAUUCUAUAUCUCCGGGGAGAGCUUCGCCGGCCACUACGUGCCAGAGCUCGCCGCCACCAUCCUGCUCCACAACACCUACAACAACAGAACCAUCGUAAACCUGCAGGGAAUCCUGGUUGGGAAUCCAUAUCUUGACAUGAACAGAAAUAUUAAGGGGGCAGUCGACUAUUUCUGGACUCACGCGGUGAUGUCCGACGAGGUCUACACCAAUGUGACCAAGAACUGCGACUUCGACAGCGUGGAUGGGGAAUGGUACUCAGAGCCAGCAUGCAGUGGUGCUUUGGAUGGCUUCCAACCGGGCGACAUUGAUGGCUACAACAUUUACGCUCCAGUUUGCCUUGAAGGGCCCAAUGGAACGUAUUACUCCAGUGGCUAUUUAGCUGGAUACGAUCCAUGCAGUGAUUAUCCUACAAACGCCUAUCUCAAUGAUCCCGCGGUGCAGAAUGCUUUCCAUGCUAGAGCGACAAAGUGGAAAAGCUGCACGAACUUGCACUGGAAAGAUGCGCCAAUGUCCAUGCUCGCAACACUCAAAUUUCUAAUUGAGAGCAAACUUCCCGUUUGGAUAUUCAGUGGUGAUUUCGACUCUGUUUGUCCGCUUCCGGGGACGAGGUAUACUAUCCAAGACCUUGCCCUCCCUAUCACCACUUCAUGGCGCCCAUGGACAGCAAAGGAGGAGGUGGGAGGAUAUGUUCAGCAGUACGCCGGUGGAUUUACAUUUCUCUCUGUGAGAGGAGCUGGCCAUAUGGUUCCAUCCUUCCAGCCCGAGAGAGCCUUGAUAAUGUUGAGCUUUUUCCUCCAAGGGGUGCUCCCACCAUACAUCGGACAACAGUGA